AUGCCAUGUGAAGCAGCAAAGAGGAUGCUGAACUGGACUGUGCUGCCUAAGGUAUGCACAGAUUCGUUAUUUGAGGCCACUGAUUGUAGUGCUGCCCUCACAAUGACCGGUUUUGAGCGGUUGUGCACUGAUCUCUUCAGCAGAACGGUGGAUCCUGUAAAGAAGGCGUUGGGUGAUGAGAAGCUGGACAAGGCUGACAUCGACGAGAUGGUAUUGUACAGACGCAAAAAAAUUCGCCAAGUUAGGUGA